GAACAGUGACAGACUGGGGAAUGGAGUUCUGUAUGCAUCAGUCAACCCUGAAUACUUCAGCGCUGCAGAGAUGUAUAUACCAGAUGAAUGGGAGGUGUUGAGGGAGAAGAUCACGAUGAACAGAGAGCUGGGUCAGGGGUCGUUUGGCAUGGUGUACGAGGGCGUUGCUAAGGGAGUAGUCAAGGACGAGCCAGAGACGUGUGUGGCCAUUAAGACGGUGAACGAGUCUGCCAGCAUGAGAGAGAGAAUAGAGUUCCUCAAUGAAGCUUCUGUCAUGAAGGAGUUCAACUGUCAUCACGUGGUGCGUCUGCUGGGUGUGGUUUCUCAGGGCCAGCCCACCUUGGUCAUCAUGGAGCUGAUGACUAAAGGAGAUCUGAAGAGCCACCUGAGGUCACUACGGGCUAAAGAUUCCUACAGUCUCAACCUCCCUCCUCUGAAGGAGAUUAUUCAGAUGGCUGGGCAGAUAGCUGACGGGAUGUCUUAUCUCAACGCUAACAAGUUUGUCCACAGAGACCUGGCCGCCAGGAACUGUAUGGUGGCAGACGACUACACCGUCAAGAUAGGUGAUUUUGGUAUGACCAGAGACAUCUAUGAGACAGACUACUACCGUAAAGGAGGAAAGGGGUUGCUGCCGGUCCGAUGGAUGUCCCCCGAGUCCCUUAAAGAUGGAGUGUUCACCACCACCUCGGAUGUCUGGUCUUUUGGGGUGGUGUUAUGGGAGAUAGCCACACUAGCAGAGCAGCCCUACCAGGGGAUGUCUAAUGAGCAGGUUCUGCGCUUCGUUAUGGACGGAGGACUGCUGGACAAACCAGACAACUGCCCUGACAUGCUGUUUGAGUUAAUGCGAAUGUGUUGGCAGUACAACCCUAAGAUGCGUCCGUCGUUUCUGGAGAUCAUUAACAGCAUCAAGGAGGAGCUGGCGCCACCGUUCAGAGAGAUGAGUUUCUUUUACAGCGAAGAGAACAAGCUUCCAGACACAGAGGAGUUAGACAUGGAGGUAGAGAACAUGAAGAAUGUUCCUUUAGGCCCAGCUGCCUCUUCACGGCCCCCCAUCCCCUGCCCCCCACCAGCUCCGGGUCCGCCCUGCCCAACCAGCCCCCUCCUCCCCCUCCCAACAGACAUCAGCCUCCACGGCCCCCGACGGUCCAUUAACGCUGGGCUCCACCCCCCCUUCAGCCCCGUCCUCUGGGCAGGUUCAGCCCCAGGCUCCCUCGUCCCCCUGCUCCCCAGCCCUCGGGGCCACCAGCAGGCCUGCUGCUCCCGAGUGGCCCCUGGCCCCUCCUCAGCCCAGAGCUCAGGGGCUUCAGGACAGGUGGAGUCCAACGGCCCCGAGGCGGUCGCCCAGGUCCUGCUGCGACCAGCCUUCAAUGACUCACCGCCCUACGCACACAUGAACGGAGUGAGGAAGAAGGAACGUGCCAUGCCCCUCCCACAGUCCUCGGCCUGCUGAUCCUAGUGGACCUCUCUCCAUCCCUCGUCCCUCUUUUCUAAAGAGCUUGGUGGACUCCUCUGUGGUGGGACUCCUCUGUGGUGGGACUCCUACUUUUUCAUUCUGUUAUUGUAUUGACAUUUCUAUCAACUGCCUGAUAUAAAGCACCUCCUGCUGAGGCCUGCUGGGAGGACCCUGAACCACAACCUGAACAACGGUGUUUUUUACAUAUAUUCCUUUAGGCCCAGCUACCUUUUAUAUAUAAAACGCAAGUCCGUUGUUCAGGAAGGUUUCUGGUUACCACUACCAGUCAAAAGUUUGGACACACCUACUCAUUCAAGGGUUUUUCUUAAUGUUGACAACUUUUCUACCUUGUGGAAUAAUAGUGAAGACAUCAAAACCAAAAAAAAAGCCCAAAAAGUGUUAAGCAAAUCUUAAAUAUAUUUGAGAUUCUUCAUGAUAGCCACCCUUUUCCUUGAUGACAGCUUUGCACUCUUGGCAUUCUCUCAACCAGCUUCACCUGGAAUGCUUUUCCAACAGUCUUGAAGGAGUUCCCACAUAUGCUGAGCACUUGUUGGCUGCUUUUCCUUCACUCUGUGGUCUAACUCAUCCCAAACCAUCUCAAUUGGGUUGAGGUCGGGUGAUUGUGGAGGCCAGGUCAUCUGAUGCAGCACUCCAUCACUCUCCUUGGUCAAAUAUCCCUUACACAGCCUAGAGGUGUUUUGGGUCAUUGUCCUGAUGAAAAACAAAUGAUAGUCCCACUAAGCGCAAACCAGAUGGGAUGGUGUAUCGCUGCAGAAUACAUCACACCACCUCCUCCAUGCUUCACGGUGGGAACCACACAUGCAGAGAUCAUCCGUUCACCUACUCUGCAUCGCACAAAGACACGGCGGUUGGAACCAAAAAUCUCAAAUUUAUACACAUCAGACCAAAGGACAGAUUUCCACCGGUCUAAUGUCCAUUGGUCGUGUUUCUUGGCCCAAGCAAGUCUCUUCUUCCUAUUGGUGUCCUUUAGUAGUGGUUUCAGCAAUUCGACCAUGAAGUCCUGAUUCACAGUCUCCUCUAAACAGUUGAUGUUGAGAUGUGUCUGUUAGUGAGGCUGGUAACUCUAAUGAACUUAUCCUCUGCAGCUGAGGUAACUCUGGGUCUUCCUUUCCUGUGGCGGUCCUCAUGAUAACCAAAUUCAUCAUAGCGCUUGAUGGUGUUUGCAACUGCACUUGAAGAAACUUUCAAAGUUCUUGAAAUGUUCCAUAUUGACUGACCUUCAUGCCUUAAAUUAAUGAUGGACUGUCGUUUCUCUUUGCUUAUUUGAGCUGUUCUUGCCAUAAUAUGGACUUGGUCUUUUACCAAAUAGGGCUAUCUUCUGUAUGCCAACCCUACCUUGUCACAACACAACUGAUUGGCUCAAACACACAACUGAUUGGCUCAAACACACAACUGAUUGGCUCAAACGCAUUAAGAAGGAAAGAAAUUCCACAAAAUAACUUUUAACAAGGCACACCUGUUAAUUGAAAUGCAUUCCAGGUGAUUACCUCAUGAAGCUGGUUGAGAGAAUGCAAAGCUGUCAUCAAGGCAAAAGGGUGGCUAUUUGAAGAAUCUCAAAAUGAAAAUAUAUUUUGGGGUUAUGACAUGAUUCCAUAGUUUAGAUUUCUUCACUAUUAUUCUACAAUGUAGAAAAUAGUAAAAAUAAAGGAAAUCCCUGGAAUGAGUAGGUGUUCUAAACUUUAUAUAGGUACUGAGAUGGUACACUAUAUAUACAGUGUGUUUUCUAUUCGUUUUUCUAAAUAUCCCCAAAUGGAGACAGCCUUUCAGAGUGAUGGUUGGUUGGUUGGCUCACUGUGUAAUAUUGGGGGGCAUUAUUAUUAUUGUGAGGUAAAAUGUUAAAUCUUCUGUCUGGAAGCCACGUCAACGACCACGGUCUGUCUCUGUGUCUGUGUUGUAUAUCAGUGUGGAUGGACAGACAUGAUCCUCUCUGUUGGACUGGGACAAGAUGGUCACCACCGAUGAUUAGUUGUCUGGUGUCGUCUUCUCCCUUUGUCUUGUCUGUGAUUGACAGGAAUCAUUCUGACACUAGUGUAAACUACUUGUCUUGUCUGUGAUUGACAGGAAUCAUUCUGACACUAGUGUAAACUACUUGUCGUCUCCCUUUGUCUUGUCUGUGAUUGACAGGAAUCAUUCUGACACUAGUGUAAACUAAGUCUUCUCCCUUUGUCUUGUCUGUGAUUGACAGGAAUCAUUCUGACACUAGUGUAAACUAAGUCUUCUCCCUUUGUCUUGUCUGUGAUUGACAGGAAUCAUUCUGACACUAGUGUAAACUAAGUCUUCUCCCUUUGUCUUGUCUGUGAUUGACAGGAAUCAUUCUGACACUAGUGUAAACUACUGGUCUUCUCCCUCUGUCUUGUCUGUGAUUGACAGGAAUCAUUCUGACACUAGUGUAAACUAAGUCUUCUCCCUUUGUCUUGUCUGUGAUUGACAGGAAUCAUUCUGACACUAGUGUAAACUAAGUCUUCUCCCUUUGUCUUGUCUGUGAUUGACAGGAAUCAUUCUGACACUAGUGUAAACUAAGUCUUCUCCCUUUGUCUUGUCUGUGAUUGACAGGAAUCAUUCUGACAUUUGCGUAAACUACUUGUCGUCUCCUAGGCCUACAAGACAUGACUAAAUGAUUUAAUAUCUUAAAGGAUUGUGAUCAAUGGGAGGUUGUUUUAUCCAGUCCUUCAGUUCCCUUCUUAGUUCCUCUGAUCGGAUGUAUGGCUCCAUAUGCUUAGUUCCUCUGACCAGAUGUAUGGCUCCAUAUGCUUAGUUCAUCUGAUCGGAUGUAUGGCUCCAUAUGCUUAGUUCCUCUGAUCGGAUGUAUGGCUCCAUAUGCUUAGUUCCUCUGACCGGGUGUAUGGCUCCAUAUGCUUAGUUCCUCUGAUCGGAUGUAUGGCUCCAUAUGCUUAGUUCCUCACCGGAUGUAUGGCUCCAUAUGCUUAGUUCCUCUGAUCGGAUGUAUGGCUCCAUAUGCUUAGUUCCUCUGAUCGGAUGUAUGGCUCCAUAUGCUUAGUUCCUCUGAUCGGAUGUAUGGCUCCAUAUGCUUAGUUCCUCUGAUCGGAUGUAUGGCUCCAGUCCAGUAGUAUGGAGGAAGUCUGGACAGACAGGAGAUGUCUCCAGUCCAGUAGUAUGGAGGGAGUCGGGACAGACAGGAGAUGUCUCCAGUCCAGUAGUA